AUGCCGAUCCUGGACAAGUUCGAAGUACAAGUAUUCGUCGCCGGCACUCGAGCGGAGGAGUUCGAUGAUGACGACGAAGAAGGGGGCACCUCGCGGCGGAGCCAGGAAAUCACAAAGUACAUUGAAGCAGUCUCCGGGGCUUUCUUCGAAUUCAAAUUCUUCGCGGAAGCCAAUUACAGAAUCACCUACGAACAGGCGAUCAGCUUCACUGUGUUCGUGGACGGCGAACGCAUCAUAGGGACGUAUAUGCAAGGGGAGGAUUUCCAAGACGCCACAGCCGAUGGGACACGGGUGGAGGGAAGCUGCAGUGGCAGAUUCUCUAUGGAGUCUACCGGCUCGAAACUCUACAAGUUUCAGUUCGCCGACCUCGAAACCAGAGACCUAGAACUGGACGACGAUGUAUCUAGCUUCAAAGAGAAGUAUGGCGACCUAGGAACGCUCAAGGUUGAGGUGUGGCGGAUCACGCUAUUGGAUGCGUGGCCUGCCCGAGACUACACCAGGAAGGACCUCGAAACCGUCCCCGAGAAAGCACUGAAAGGGCGACCUCUCGACGUUGCAACGCGGUCGGUUCAGGCGGUGCUGUCCACAGGUUUCCGCUGA